UCAUAAUCAGAAGCAGGAAGUCUUUAAGUUCAGUUGAGAGAAAGUGAGAGUGAACUAUCAUCGAUGUGUGGAGUGUUUGGUGUUUCUAUCUGUGUGUGUUGAUAGGGUGAAAUGGCAGAAGCGAGUAUUUCAGAGGAUCACUUCAUGUGUUCAGUGUGUCUGGAUCUGCUGAAGGAUCCUGUGACUGUUCCCUGUGGACACACUUACUGCAUGAGAUGCGUCACGGACUGCUGGAAUCGAGAAGAUCAGACGGGAAUCUACAGCUGCCCUCAGUGCAGACAAACCUUCAGUCCAAGACCUGUUUUAUGGAAGAAUGUGAUGUUUGCUGAGAUGAUGGAGAAACUGAAGAAGACUGAAGUCAGAUGUGCUGUUUCUGAUCACUGUUCCGCUGGACCUGCAGAUGUGGAGUGUGACGUCUGUACUGGAAGAAAACACAAAGCCAUCCAAUCCUGUCUGCUGUGUCUCAACUCUUACUGUCAAACUCAUCUUGAGCAACACCAGAAUCUCUUCAGAGGUAAAAGACACGACCUGAUAGACGCCACUGCACCACUUCAUGACGUGAUCUGCCCUCGACAUGACAAGAUUCUGGACAUUUACUGUCGCACGGAUCAGAAGCUUAUAUGUAUUCUGUGUAUAGAUGAACACAAAAACCACGAGACGGUUUCAUCUGCAGCAGCAUGGACGGAGAAACAGGUGCUUAAUUUAUUUAGAAAUAAAUGCUUUUUCAUUGUCUUACUGUGGAAGUUUACUGAGCUUUAUGACGAUUUAAUAUUGACUCUGGAUCCAAACACAGUGAAUGAAUUCCUCCAUCUGUCUGAGGACAACAGAGAGAUUACAAACACUCUCACACAGCAUCAGUAUCCUGAUCAUCCGGACAGAUUUGAUGUGUGUCAGGUGUUGUGUAGAGAGAGUGUGUGUGGACGCUCUUACUGGGAGAUUGAGUGGACUGGUGAAGUUGUGGAGAUAUCAGUGUCAUAUAAGAGCAUCAGGAGGAAGGGACGGGGUGAUGAGUGUGUGUUUGGAUGUAAUGAUCAGUCCUGGAGUUUGAUCUGCUGUGACUCCAGUUACUCAUUCAGUCACAAUAGCAAACACACUAAUCUCCCUGUAAAGCUCAGAUCUAAUAGAAUAGGAGUGUAUGUGGAUGAGAGAGUAGGGAUUCUGUCCUUCUACAGCGUCUCUGACACAAUGACCCUCAUCCACAGCAUCAUCACCACAUUCACUCAACCGCUCUAUCCUGGAAUCCACAAAACAAGUCGUGAUGCUGGAGGUGAAAGGAAGUUUGUCAAGUACACAGGACGGAUGGAGAGCGAGGUGUGUCUCACUGGAGGUGUGUCUGCUCAUGAAAGCCUCAUCACUUCUCCCGAUUCUCUUCAGUUGACUCUGGAUCCAAACACAGUGAAUGAAUUCCUCCAUCUGUCUGAGGACAACAGAGAGAUUACAAACACUCUCACACAGCAUCAGUAUCCUGAUCAUCCGGACAGAUUUGAUGUGUGUCAGGUGUUGUGUAGAGAGAGUGUGUGUGGACGCUCUUACUGGGAGAUUGAGUGGACUGGUGAAGUUGUGGAGAUAUCAGUGUCACAUAAGAGCAUCAGGAGGAAGGGACGGGGUGAUGAGUGUGUGUUUGGAUGUAAUGAUCAGUCCUGGAGUUUGAUCUGCUGUGACUCCAGUUACUCAUUCAGUCACAAUAGCAAACACACUAAUCUCCCUGUAAAGCUCAGAUCUAAUAGAAUAGGAGUGUAUGUGGAUGAGAGAGUAGGGAUUCUGUCCUUCUACAGCGUCUCUGACACAAUGACCCUCAUCCACAGCAUCAACACCACAUUCACUCAACCGCUCUAUCCUGGGUUUGCUGUUUCUUUCAGUGAACUGAAACUGUGUGACCUAACAAUGUAGAUAAUACAGAGAUUACACAAAUCAUAGUUUAUAAGUUUAAAGUUUUUGAUGUUACUCAAAUAAUACGUCCAUCUUAUUGACAUCUGGUGAUAAUUCAGUGGUUGAUGUUAAGAUGGAAAAAGUCUCGAUUAAACGCGAGCGAGUGAAUAUUUGUAGAAAAUGAUUGUAAUGAUUAGACUUUAUUUUGUAUAAUUGAUGUUCAUGAUGUGAUGAUUUCCAGAGGUUUGAUUCAUUGAUGUUGUUGUGAAUGGUUGUAUUAGCACAUACAGUAUAUCAUCAUGUGUGUGUUUGUCUACAGUAGAAUCACAUCAAUGCUGAUAUAGAGUCGAACAGCAUCACUGUCAGUGUCAUAUUGAUGUUUUAAUAAAGACAAUAAACUCUCA